GUGUGCUCCUCCGGUUGCAAAUGGCGACAGCCACGAAAUCCCUGUCACAGAUUCGCGUAUAAUUCUCGUCGUAAAUAUAUCUGUGACUCCGCCACCCGCACGGUUAUCCCUCGGUUAUAUUGGUCGUCUGAGCAAUAGGAGGCAAAGAUGCCAGCCGUGCGAGGAGAUGGCAUGCGUGGUCUCGCCGUGUUCAUUUCAGACAUCAGAAAUUGCAAGAGCAAGGAGGCAGAGAUCAAGAGAAUAAACAAGGAGCUAGCAAACAUCCGUAGUAAGUUUAAAGGCGAUAAAACGCUGGAUGGUUAUCAGAAGAAAAAAUAUGUUUGCAAGUUACUGUUCAUAUUUCUACUUGGACAUGAUAUUGAUUUUGGUCAUAUGGAAGCUGUAAACCUUCUUUCGUCGAACAAAUACUCAGAAAAACAAAUUGGAUAUCUAUUCAUAUCUGUACUAGUAAAUACAAACAGCGAUCUUAUUAAAUUAAUUAUUCAAAGUAUCAAGAAUGAUCUUGCAUCAAGAAAUCCAAUUCACGUAAAUCUUGCUCUACAAUGUAUCGCCAACAUUGGCAGCAAGGAAAUGGCAGAAGCGUUUGGCAACGAAAUUCCAAAACUGCUUGUGUCAGGAGACACUAUGGACGUUGUGAAACAGAGCGCAGCCCUUUGCCUCUUGAGAUUAUUGAGGACAGCACCAGAGGUGGUUCCAGGUGGAGAGUGGACUUCUCGCAUAGUUCAUCUUCUGAAUGACCAACACCUCGGUGUUGUCACAGCAGCUGCAUCGCUGAUUGAUGCUUUAGUUAAACGAAAUCCAGACGAAUAUAAGGGCUGCGUCAGUCUUGCUGUUUCAAGAUUGAGCCGGAUUGUAACGGCUAGCUACACAGAUUUGCAGGACUAUACCUACUACUUUGUACCUGCGCCUUGGCUCUCUGUUAAACUUCUUCGUUUGCUGCAAAAUUAUACUCCACCUGCCGAGGAUCCAGGAGUACGUGGAAGACUGAACGAAUGUCUUGAAACCAUAUUGAACAAAGCUCAGGAGGCACCAAAAUCGAAGAAAGUACAGCAUUCUAAUGCAAAAAAUGCAGUUCUUUUUGAGGCGAUAAGUUUGAUUAUUCAUAACGAUAGCGAGCCAAACUUGUUGGUUCGUGCUUGCAAUCAGCUUGGUCAAUUUUUAUCAAAUCGUGAGACUAAUCUACGGUACUUAGCACUCGAAUCAAUGUGUCAUCUUGCUACUUCCGAAUUUUCUCACGAAGCUGUGAAAAAGCAUCAAGAAGUUGUGAUACUUUCAAUGAAAAUGGAAAAAGACGUUUCCGUGAGACAGCAAGCCGUUGAUCUACUUUACGCGAUGUGCGACAAAAGCAAUGCCGAAGAAAUUGUCCAAGAAAUGCUGAAUUACCUAGAAACUGCGGAUUAUUCGAUUCGAGAAGAAAUGGUAUUAAAAGUAGCUAUACUAGCUGAAAAAUAUGCAACUGAUUACACGUGGUAUGUCGAUGUGAUCCUAAAUUUAAUCAGGAUAGCUGGUGAUUAUGUUUCUGAGGAGGUGUGGUACAGGGUUAUUCAAAUUGUUAUCAAUCGAGAUGACGUUCAGGGAUAUGCUGCUAAAACUGUGUUCGAGGCUUUACAGGCUCCGGCAUGUCACGAAAAUAUGGUCAAAGUUGGUGGCUACAUUUUGGGUGAAUUUGGGAAUCUUAUCGCCGGUGAUCAACGUUCGUCUCCUCUAGUACAGUUUCAACUUUUACAUUCCAAAUAUCACUUGUGCUCCCCGAUGACAAGGGCACUGCUGCUUUCGACUUACAUCAAAUUUGUCAAUUUAUUCCCUGAAAUUCGUGUUCAAAUUCAAGAGGUUUUCAAGCAACACAGCAACCUACGCAGUGCUGACGCAGAAUUACAGCAACGAGCUUCUGAGUACUUACAGCUGAGCAUUAUUGCCUCCACUGAUGUCCUUGCUACCGUUCUAGAAGAAAUGCCAGCUUUCCCAGAACGAGAGUCGUCCAUUUUGGCUGUGCUGAAAAAAAAGAAACCAGGUCGAGUUCCAGAAAAUGAAAUUAGGGAAAGCAAAAGUCCAGCACCUAAUUCAAAUCAUCACACUGAAGCCCCUUCGGCAAUAUCAGCUGCAACUGUCAGCAAUAAUAAUUCGGCAGAUUUAUUAGGCCUCUCUACUCCCCCAUCUUCCCAGCCGACAAGCAACACUGGUGUUCUUUUGGACGUUCUUGGUGAUAUAUAUAGUGGAACACCAAACAAUGUCGGUGCUACGAAUGGUGCACAAAACACUUAUAACCCUAAGAAAUUUGUAUGUAAAAACAAUGGAGUGCUAUUCGAAAAUGAUCUGAUUCAAAUCGGAGUCAAGUCUGAGUUCAGACAAAAUCUUGGACGCAUUGGAUUAUUUUACGGAAAUAAGACGCAAUUUGUGUUACACAACUUUCACCCACAAUUAUCCUGGUCGGAGGAGGACGAGGCUAAACUAUCUGUUCAAGUUAAGCCGGUAGAUUUGGUCUUAGAAGCAGGAGCGCAAAUUCAACAGAUGAUUAAUGCUGAAUGCAUCGACGAUUAUAAUGAUGCGCCGAGCAUGGUAAUUUGUUUUUCGUAUAACAACGUGCCUCAGAAAAUAACAAUGAAAUUACCACUCACCAUUAACAAAUUCUUUGAACCUACUGAAAUGAACGGCGAGUCGUUCUUUGCGAGGUGGAAGAAUCUUGGGGGGGCAAAUCAGCAACGUUCGCAGAAAAUAUUUAAGGCUCAACAACCAAUGGACUUGGCACAGGUCCGCACAAAGUUGCAAGGCUUCGGAAUGCAACUGCUUGACGGGAUUGAUCCGAAUCCCGAUAACUUUGUGUGUGCGGGAAUCGUGCACAUGCGGGCACAACAAAUUGGGUGUCUUUUGCGUCUUGAACCGAAUAAACAAGCUCAGGCAUUGCCGUAUUUUCAGAUGUUCCGAUUAACGGUGCGUUCUAGCAAAGAAUCAAUGUCUAUAGAGGUCUGCAACCUGCUGGUGGAUCAAUUCUAAGUGAUCAUACGUCAGGCUUGUAUAUCUUACAUAUUUACAGAGGCAGAGCAGCAAAAGAAGGCCACUUCGAUCUUUACUCAUUAUUCACUGAUGUUUCGUUUGAUCUAGAGGUCAUUUUCUGUUGUUUGGUCAAUAUUAAUUAUUUGUACAAGAUUGCAUUGUUCUCAGUUUCACACUCGCUAAUUUAUCACGAGCCUGUCCCACUCGUAUUGCCACAGAGUUUUGUGUAAAGAAAGCUAAAAACAAUGAAGGAAACUACGUACCGGUUGACUUUUAAUUGACAGUAUUAACCCCUGACCUUAAGGAAACAUUUAAAAAUAUACAUGUACCUUUUUCUUUUUUAAAGACGAUAUCAAAAAAUAUGUUUGACGAAAUACUAAGCUCUAUCGUAAAUUUUCUAUUUUUCAAUAAAUGAAAAAAUACCUGCUCAAGUUCGUCCCACUGUUCCUACUCAGCAUUUCAUUCCAAAAAUAUUUAUCCUUCGCGAAGCAAGAUAUAAGAUUUAAAUUCUGCGCACCAAGAAUACAUCACGCGUGAUGAAUCUUGUACAUUACAAAUGAUUUACAACUAAUGGUAAAUCGAUUUCGAUUAAAAUUCAUAUGACGUUGAUCGUUUAUUUAAUGAUUGCGCUUUUCAAUCAUAUUGCUUAAUCCCGAGUAAUUGGCGAGUGUGGCUUUGUGAGCAAUCUUAGCUGUAUGAUAUUAUUCACAUCAAUGCAUCUUUAAGAACGCUCAAACGAUUUCUUGUAACUUGCUGCUUCGAAUUGAUUGUCCUUUUUUUUUGCCAACCCGUGUUUUAACUAAAGAAUGUUAAUGGGUGGAUCCAUGGCUGGUAAUCUAGGACAAAUCGUAAAUUGAAUUUAUUAAACGAUUGCAAAAUGAUUUACUUUAGUUACGAGAGUGGUUUCGUAAAUUAAUUCGACGUUGUAUGUGCAAGAAAUAUGUUCUAGACAUAAUAGAAUAUUUUUUUUCUGUUCUUUACCCAAAAUCAUUGAUUAAAAUCUUAUUUCAAGUUCUACUCACAAAGUGACAAAAAUAACGUGUUGUCCAAUUUAGUACGAGUAUCACGUUUGAAAUUCGCAGAUAUUCAGCUUAAAAGAAAUACGACAUUUAAUACUGAUAUUCGAUCAGUUUUCUUUGCCCAAGAUAUAACAAUGUAAAAAGUGUUGGUUAAUAACUACGUAUUGGCUCCUAGUCAAUAAUCGAAAAAUUUUUAAUCAGUAAUGAUUAAACGCGAGGUUUCUUUUUAAAUUAUUGUGUCGUCGCCAAAAGUAACGUUUCCACUAGAACCAUAAUAUAGGUAAUACUGAUGGUUAGCGGGUAACUGCAAGAAGCAUCCGGCGCGAGGAAAAUUCUUUAUAACAUUUCAGAGGUAAUAGGCAUCAGCAAAAUAGAUUCUUACUUGUUUAAUAUUGUUAUUAAUACUACUUUUAUUAUUAUUACUAUUUUUCUCUGGAAUAAUAUCAAUGCAGAUAUGCUGCAGUGCAUAACCGACAGUCGACAUUUACUGUGUAGUAGGUGGAAAAUGAGUUUAAAAAAAAACUAGAAAAAACAAAAACAAAGUGUAAAAUCUAAUUGAAUUGUAAAUAAGUUUUUGGAUUAACUAGCUUCCAACACAAGAUCAGCCAAAGAAGAGACAAGAUUGCGGUACUUUCAGCCAUAAGAACUCUAAUCUUAUCCAUAAUUGCAACUCUGUUCUAUAUGAUCUUGUUACCUUAGCUUUUUAUUUCUUAGUUAGAAACUGAAUAUAUGUUUAUCAAGAUGUAUAUUUUCUUUUCCCUUGAAUGUACGGUAGUGUAAAUUUUCACUCUACUUUCUUCCCUUUCUUUUGUGCUUCUGUUUUUUCUUAUUUCAUGUCCAUUAAAUACUCGGUUUGGUUGUGUGGUCAGGUAUAUGGUCACACCACUGAAAUGUUUAAAACUCAUUUUUAGAGACGCGUUGUCAGUAAUAAUUGUGUAUAUAAUUUCCAAAGCUGCUACUUGAUCAGACGCUACGAUGGAGAAUUUGUUGUAACGUGGAAUUGUCUCCCAUCUAAAAUGAGAUAAAAUUGCACUCAUUUCGGCACGUAAAACAACAAAGUACGGAUUCCUAGAACGCGAAAAAAUCUUUUUAAUCGAUCAAUGGCGCACGGAUCCGUCUCUGGCUGGGUAGAAGAUAGGGAAUAAUGAAUCUCAGAUGAUCUAAGAUGCGCUAUUAUUUAGUAUUUAUUUUUUUCUCCUAUUCGCCGUUGGUACACUUUAUCAAUGCAAAAUGUUUUUUGAAUUAUUGCCGACAAUAGGUACGAUAUCACAUUGUGGCUGUAUACUUGGGUCACAAAUUCCUCAACACCGUUAAUGGAUUUCUAAGAAAUUACGGUAUCAAAUAAUUUUACAAGAAAGUUGAAAAAAAAAACGCCAUUUAUUCCUUACUAGUUUGUACACGUUUAUUGUACAAAAAAAGUGUAUCUGUAAACAUAGCUAAUUAAUUUAAUAGUUACGUACCUCGGUCACAGUCAUAUACAUUGUGGUCCUAUGUUAUUAAUCCUAAUUAUUAUUAUUAUUAUAUUACAUCAGCGUCAAUCAUAUUAGCAUGUUAUUUUGUGAACACUGCAAAGUUGAUUUUUAUAUUCUAAGAUAAUAACAAUGAUCGGCCCCGAUCUAGAAUUAACUUUGCAGACGUUUAUUUUUUUUGUAAUAUUCGAAUUAUUUUGUAUUGUUUAGAUCUAUAUACAUGUUUGUAAGACAUCAUUGAUUUAUAUAUUAUUAAACAAUAUAACAUCUCGUACAAUGUGUGUAUUUGAUUAAUUUUGUUAUAUUUUCUUGCUUUGUUUUAAAAGACAUGGAUUCAGUGCUCACAGAUAUCAACUUAUCCAUCAGAAUCAUAUCGAGCUUACUUACUCUAAUCUCAUUUCAAUAUCACUCCUCCGUCAUUUUGAUAUUUCUAUAAAUCAAUGUAUAAAAAAGUGUUGCUGUGUAGAUUAUCGUAUAAAACGUAACGAAUCAAGUAAAAUAACGAGUAAAUAUAAUUUAUCUGCUCGCAUUGAAUCCAUAAUGUUGAGAGGACAAUAUAAAUAUCUUCACAAUUAGAUUAUAUACGUAAAUGUAAUAUCGGUGGUCGAAUUGUGACGUUAUAUUUCGCUGUAGUUGAAAAAGCAAGUGGGUUAAAUUGGGUCCAUGCAUUGAACAAAUGUUGUCAACGAUAGUGAGUUACUUGUACCCUAUUUAUAAGAAAAACACGCUCAUUGUAAUCUCUCUCUGUCUACGUCGGAACUAAGUAGUGGCAAAUUUUUAUAACAGAUGCAGCGGAUUGUUAUUAAAAUAUGUCAUAUUGAUAGUCUACAUAGUCGAAAAAAAAAAAAACAAAUGUACGAUGAAAUACAAAAUAAAUUAAAGACCAGAAAAGCCCGAAGUAAAAUUGAAGAAAUUUAGUUUCGCGGAAGUAAUACAGUAGACUAGAAAUCUAUAAUACUCAUUACCUGCUUCUGUAUAUUAGGUACUACAUACGUAUAGUUAAUUUACGAACUAAAAAUGCAAUGAAAGUAAUUCCAUAUGGAUACCCGAUAGGCCAUUCUAUGUUUCGAAGAAUGAGUGUACCUAAAAGAAAUGAUAAAACCGAGAUAGGUGUGAAGUGCGAAAGAAACAAAGACAAAAGAAGAUAAAAAAAAAGAAAAACAGCGUGAAUUUAUAACUAUUAAUUAUGGCAUAUUUAUAAACAGCAAGAAAUGUUUAAUAUUACGAAUAUAUAU